AUGACAAAAGAAAAAAAUAAAAAUCAAUAUGUACAAAAGUACAGAAAAGAGUGGGAACUUGACGUAAACUUCAAAGGUUGGCUUUCAGAAGUACCCGGUGAUUCUCAAGCAGCCCACUGUAAAUUAUGUAAAAGUAAUCUUAAAGCUCAUAAAAAAAAUUUAAAUGAUCAUCUUAAUUCUACAAAACACAAGGAAGCAAUAAAACGAGAUAAAACUAUAGUACAUAACCAAAAAAUAGAUACUUUUAUUAAACCUACAAUUUUAGAAGAACGCAAAAUCGUAGAAUUACGAAUUGCUGUAUUUAUUGCAAAAAAUUGUUCAAUCCGUGCCGUUGUUGAAUUGAGUGUAUUAAUCAAAAGCUUGGAUAAAUCGAGUAAAAUUUUGAAUGAGAUCAAAUUGCAUCGCACAAAAUGUACAUCACUCGUACUCAACGUCAUCGCACCUUGUAUGCUUCAAGAAUUAAUUGAAGAUAUUGUUGAAUUUGGCGAAGCUACAGCUUUAUAUGAUGCAUUUACUAAUAAUAUUAAAGAUAGUGGAUUGAAUUUAAAUAACCUUAUUGGCAUUGGUGUUGACGGAGUUAAUGCUAUGGUUGGAGCACACAAUUCUCUCGCUUCUCGUUUAACUGCUCUCAUUCCCCAUUUAGUCGUUGUAAAGUGUGUUUGCCACUCUUUACAUCUUGCAGCUGAAGAAGCCUUUAAAUGUCUACCUAAGCAUAUAGAUUUUUUAAUUAAAGAGUGUUACAAUUGGUUUUCCAUGAGCAGUAAGAGAUAA